GCUCCACUUCUUCCUGACGGACCAACUCCCCCCGCCCUGCCCCUCGAGGACCUGAAUGAUAUACCCUCCACCUUCCGAAGAAGAGCUUUGGGCAGGGCGAGCGGGGGGCGCCUUCCAACUAAAUCUAAAAUUAGCCCCCCUGCGAAACGGUCAUCUGGGGAUCGAGUGACACCUUCUAGAAGAGGAACACGAGAAGGAGGGGGGGGGCGGGGGCCAGGACCAGACGGGGAAAGAGAACAGAAAACACAGGAGGACUUGGAGGGAUUCUACGCUUUGCAACCCCCAAUAAUAAGAAGAGGACGUGGAUAUGUAACAAAUAUAGGAACCCAACGAGCCGUGAUAGGAUCAAAAAUUAUAAACUCGUAAAACAGAACAUUUUAAAGAAGGGGGGAUUCCUAAGCCCCCCAGGUCUCGACUAACGGGUUCCAAUUUCCGCAAAGGACUUUAUUAAUGGCCCAAGUCAUGGACUACUGGCUGGUGUUGUUACUUUGCCUUAUGGCAGCGCCCUCCUGCUGGUCAGGCUGUGUAGAGGUAGAAUCGGAAACAGAAGCCGUGGUAGGCCAUGAAUUUAAGAUCCGGUGUAUCUCCUGCAAGAAGAGAGGCGAGACAGUCGCCAAAACCUUCACCGAAUGGUUCUUCAAAGGGGAGGGCAUGGAAAGGUUUGACGAGAUCCUCAUCUACCAAUGGCCGAGACAGCACAUCCUGGACCAGCGCUUCGAAGGACGGCUAAAAUGGAACGGGAGCGCCCACUCGGAAGACCUCCAGGACAUGUCGGUCGUCAUCACCAACGUCACCCACGAACACCAGGGGGAGUACAUGUGCCGAGUCAACCGCACGCUGACCUUCGACAGUCACGACUACAACACCAACGUCACCAAAUUCAUCCAGGUGGUGGUGGUGGACAAAGCCAACAGAGACACGGCCUCCAUCGUGUCGGAGAUCAUGAUGUACGUCCUCAUCGUGGUGCUGACAAUAUGGCUCGUGGUGGAAAUGAUAUAUUGUUACCGCAAGAUCGCCGCAGCCGGGGAGGAGGCAGUAUUGGAAAAUGCAUCAGACUACUUAGCAAUAACAUCGGAGAGUAAAGACAACUGUCUGGGGGUGCAAGCACAGGAAUAGCUGAACCGCAAAGACUCAGGGCAUCCCGGUAAGGGCUCUGGAGGAACGGAUUACCCCGGAGGCCUCGCGACACGGACCGGCUCCGACCGAAAACUGUAACGGGUCACAGACAAGGCCGAGCCCGGCAACCAACCCUUUCACUCCCUGGAGCCUAACACACCAUUUUUACUCUUCUUAUGUCUGACUAGAACUGCUGCCCCAUCCGACCCGCCUGAGUCACCAUGAUAUGCAGUCAUCUUCAGCUCCCCCCCCACCCAACCCCCCAGGAAUCUUGGGGGUGAAGAUCUGAUGCUUCCAAGAAAGAACGCCUUGUUUCCAAAAAAGACGCCGAUUGCUUCCUUUUUAUUUCCCCGAUGCGUUUCCAUGAGGGUCACCCAUGGGGUCACCUACCUCCUGAAAUGCGUCAUCCAUCAGCGGGCAUGAAGCAGUUUAUGAGGCUUCUCAACGUGCUUUGACCCAGGAUGCCCACCACAGACAGAGCCACCUCCACCCUGAACUGAGGACGUAUGGAGGCCACCAUUGCCAACCUCUACUUCUGAAAAUACUAGUUACCUGGCUGUCAUGCUAAUCCUAAAGCUUCAGGGUUGUUUUUUGUUGUAGGACUUCAGUUUGGGGGGGGGGGGUUCCCUUUAUGGGGAGUUAGUGGGGUCCUUGUAGGGUGCCUAGGCUGCUCAACUCUGGCAGGUACCCGGCAGGGGGCUGGUUCCUCAGGCAGGACAUUUCAUUCUAAGCCCUGAAGAAGGGGAGGCGGCAUAAUUCCCCAGAAGUGUGUUGGUUUUAUCUAUUUAACCUCUUACAAAAUAAAAAGUCUGGAACCAAAUUCUCAACGCGCCCCACGGGGGGCACCCAGCUAACUUCCUGCCAUGGGAUCACCACCUUACCAGGUACACGUCGAUUUUGCCCAGCUGCUCCAGUUUUGACAAGUCUUCUGUGAAUGGGGAAAAUACCCGGAGGAGCAUACUUAUUACCUAGUAUACUCAGCACCAUCUAGUGGCCAUGAUGCAGUAUUUAUCCCCAUUCACACUAAAUAACAUUUGAUCUAAAGAGAAAAAAAAAGCCUAAGAACAUUCGAUUUUGCCCAUGCACAGCUGCUCCAGUUUUGACAAAUCCUCUGUCAAUGGGGAAAAUACCCCACUAGAUGGAGCCGAGGAGCACACUUAAAAUACUCAACGCCACCUAGUGGCAGUAAUGGAGUAUUUCUCCCCGUUCACACUAAAUAACAUUCAAGCUGCAGAGGAAAAAAAGCCUGAGAACGUUCGAUUUGCCCAUGCACAGCUGCUCCAGUUUUGACAAAUCCUCUGUGAAUAGGGAAAAUACUCCAUUAUGGCCACUAGGUGGAGCUGAGGAUCAUACUUAUUAUUUAGAAUACUCAGCGCCAUGAAGUGGCUGUAAUGCAGUAUUUCUCCCUAUUCGCGCUAAAUAACAUUUGAGAAAUACUCCAUUAUGGCCACUAGAUGUAGCGGAGGAGCCUACUUACUAUUUAGAAUACUCAGCGCCAUGAAGUGGCUGUAAUGGAGUAUUUCUCCCUAUUCACGCUGAAUAACAUUUGAGAAAUUCCCCAUUAUGACCACUAGAUGGAGCUGAGGAGCAUACUUAUUAACGAGAAAAAUAGCGCCAUCUAGUGGCCAUAAUAGGGUAUUUCUAAAAAAAAAAAAAAGCUUGAGAACAUUAAAUUUUGCCCAUGCUCCAGUUUUUAAAAAUCCUCUGUGAAUGGGGAAAAUACCCCAUUAUGGCCACUAGGUGGAGCUGAGGAGCAUACUUAUUACUUCGAAUACCCAGCGCCAUCAAGUGGCUGUAAUAGGGUAUUUCUCAAAAAAAAAAGCCUGAGAACAUUCAAUUUUGCCCAUGCACAGCUGCUCCACAUAUGCUCUGUGAAUGGGUAUUUCUCCCUAUUCACGCUAAAUAACAUUUGAGAAAUACCCCAUUAUGGCCACUAGAUGGAGCUGAGGAGCAUACUUAUUAACGAGAAAAAUAGCGCCGUCUUGUGGCCAUAAUAGGGUAUUUCUAAAAAAAAAAAAAAAAACUUCGAACAUUACAUUUUGCCCAUGCUCCAGUUUUUAAAAAUCCUCUUUGAAUGGGGAAAAUACCCCAUUAUGAUCACUAGAUGGAGCUGAAGAGCACACUUGUCACCUAGGAUAGGCAGCGCCAUCAAGUGGCUGUAGAAAGGUAUUUCUCAAAAAGAAAAAGCCUGAGAACAUGCAAUUUUUCCCAUGCACAGCUGCUCCAUUUUAGACAAAUCCUCUGGCAUUAUGGCCACUAGGUGGAGCUGAGGAGCAUACUUAUUACUUAGAAUACCCAGCGCCAUCAAGUGGCUGUAAUAGGGUAUUUCUCCAAAAAAAAAAAAGCCUGAGAACAUUCAAUUUUGCCCAUGCACAGCUGCUCCACAUAUCCUCUGUGAAUGGGGAUUUCUCCCUAUUCAC